AUGCGAAGAAUGUCCCUGACUUCUAGCCCUGUACGCCUUUUUUUGCUUCUACUGUUGCAACUAAUAGCCUUGGAGAUCAUGGUUGGUGCUCACUCUCUUUGCUUCAACUUCACUAUAAAAUCAUGGUCCAGACCUGGACAGCCCUGGUGUGAAGCGCAGGUCUUCAUGAAUAAAAUUCUUUUCCUUCAGUACGACAGUGACAACAACAUGGUCAAACCCCUGGGCCUCCUGGGGAAGAAGGUAAAUGCCACCAGCACUUGGGGAGAAUUGACCCAAACGCUGGGAGAAGUGGGGCGAGAUCUCAGGAUGCUCCUUCUUGACAUCAAACCCCAGACAAAGACCAGUGGUCCUUCCACUCUGCAGGUGGAGAUGUUUUGUCAACGUGAAGCAGAACAAUGCACUGGUGCGUCCUGGCAGUUCGCCAUCAAUGGAGAGAAAUCCCUCCUCUUUGACGCAAUGAACAUGACCUGGACAGUAAUUAAUCAUGAAGCCAGUAAGAUCAAGGAGACAUGGAAGAAAGACAGAGGGCUGGAAAAGUAUUUCAGGAAGCUCUCAAAGGGAGACUGCGAUCAAUGGCUCAGGGAAUUCUUAGGGCACUGGGAGGCAAUGCCAGAACCGACAGUGUCACCAGUAAAUGCUUCAGAUAUCCACUGGUCUUCUUCUAGUCUACCAGAUACAUGGAUCAUCCUGGGGGCAUUCAUCUUGUUAGUUUUAAUGGGAAUUGUCCUCAUCUAUGUCCGGUGGCAAAAUGGUGAGUGGCAGGCUGGUCUCUGGCCCUUGAGGACAUCUUAG